UCCGGGUCACAGAGGAGCGGGCUCUCACGUGGAGGUGAGCAAGUUUGGCCUACGGGAAUGAUCACGAAGACCCACAAAGUAGACCUGGGCCUUGGGCUCCCAGAUAAAAAGAAAAAGAAGAAGAAGGUAGUCAAAGACCCAGAAACUCGAGACUCAGUUUUCGGCAAUGAUGAUCAUUUGACUGAUACUUAUCCUGUAAGAGCCACAUCUAAGAAUAUGGGCCAAGCGCAGACGCCCAAGAUACCUCUUGUGAAGAAAAAGAAGAAAAAGAAGGGCCACAGCGCCCUUUGUGAGGAACACGAACCUAACACCACGUUGCAUGCCCAAAGGACAGAGAAGUCACCCAGCCCCAGGAAGCAGGCCCUUGGACACUUGGAGUUUCUCAGUGGGGAGAAGAAAAAGAAGAGGAAGUCCCCUCCAGACAUGUCCCAUGGCUCUGGGGUGGUUACCUUUUCAGACCCCAGAAAGGACGAGGAGGAGACCAGAGUUGGCAAGAAGCUCAAAAAACACAAGAAGGAGAAAAAGGCCCAGGCCUCCACAGCCUUCUCAGUGCAGGACCCCUGGUUCUGUGAGGCCAGGGAUGCCAUGUCCACCUGCUCAGGAGGGAAGGAAGGGAAGGAGCAGGCAACCUUGGGGCAGAAACGGAAGCAGGGGAGUCCCGGGGAACACAGCGGGAAGGUGAAGAAGAAGAGAAAAAUCCACCAGGAGGGGGACCCCCUCCUAGGCCCCUCCAAGCCCUCCAGGGCCAUGGAGAGCAGCUCCAGGAAAGGAAGUAAAAAGAAGCCAGUCAAAGUCGAGGCUCCAGAAUAUAUCCCUAUAGAAGAUGGCCCCAAGGCUCCAGGGAAGAAGAAAAGGAAAUCCAAGAAAAAGGUGGAGCAGCCAGGCCUUGAGGAGCCAGCUCUGAAAAGGAAGAAGAAGAAGAAGAAGAGGGAAGAGAGUGAGGCAGCAGGAGACCCUUGGAAGGAGGAACCAGACACAGACCUGGAGGUGGUGUUGGAGAAGAAGGGCAACAUGGAUGAGGCGCACAUAGACCAGGUAAGGCGAAAGGCCUUGCAAGAAGAGAUCGACCGUGAGUCAGGCAAAACGGAAGCUUUGGAGCCCAGGAAGUGGAUGGGAACCCAAUUUGGCCAAUGGGAUACUGCUGGUUUUGAGAACGAAGAACAGAAACUGAAAUUUCUCAAACUUAUGGGUGGCUUAAAAAACCUGUCCCCUUCGUUCAGCCGCCCCCCCAACAUGACUGCAAAGCCCAACAUGGCCCUCAGCAAGAAGGCAGCCAACACCUUGCAGCAGAACCUGCAGCAGGACUAUGACCGCGCCAUGAGCUGGAAGUUCCACCGGGGAGCCGGCCUCGGUUUCUCCACUGCCCCAAACAAAAUCUUUUAUAUUGACAAGAACGCUUCCAAGUCCAUCAAGUUGGAAGAUUAAACUCUAGUGUUCUGUCCCCGGCAGC